UUUCAAAGCAACUCCCAGACUUGCCUUCAUUGAUAAGUGCCUCCACGUGUAUCGCUCACAGGUGUGGACUCUUUGGAAACUUAUUUUUAUGUGAGGACUGACCAGCAGCCAUCCUAAUUCUCAUGUUCUUGCUCUGUCAUGGCUUCCGGCUUCUCGGACGUGAGGCUCCAACAGAGGAAAUGACCAUCAGGGACCCUGCUCCAGACCCAUUACGGAGACUGAACCUUCACGGGGUGCGAACCUGCCUGGGACAGGGAAGCUUCUCUCUUUGAAGGGCUUUACGUUUGUCACAGAGAAAGUAAAGAUGACGACUUCGUCUAUCAGACGGCAGAUGAAAAACAUCGUGAACAAUUACUCGGAAGCCGAAAUAAAAGUCCGGGAAGCCACCUCCAACGACCCGUGGGGCCCGUCCAGCUCCCUGAUGACGGAGAUCGCGGACCUGACCUACAACGUGGUGGCCUUCUCGGAGAUCAUGAGCAUGGUGUGGAAGCGGCUCAACGACCACGGCAAGAACUGGCGGCACGUGUACAAGGCGCUGGCGCUGCUCGACUACCUCAUCAAGACGGGCUCGGAGCGCGUGGCCCAGCAGUGCCGCGAGAACAUCUUCGCCAUCCAGACCCUGAAGGACUUCCAGUACGUCGACCGCGACGGCAAGGACCAGGGCGCCAACGUGCGCGAGAAGGCCAAGCAGCUGGUGGCCCUGCUGAAGGACGAGGAGCGGCUGAAGGCCGAGCGGGCCCAGGCGCUCAAGACCAAGGAGCGCAUGGCCCAGGUGGCCACCGGCGUGGGCAGCGGCCAGCUCACCUUCGGCCGGGGCUCCAGCCAGCCCAACCUGUCCACCAGCUACUCGGAGCAGGAGUACGGCAAGGCCGGGGGCUCGCCGGCCUCCUACCACGGCUCCACUUCCCCACGGGUGUCCUCGGAGCUGGAGCAGGCGCGGCCGCAGACGAGCGGCGAAGAGGAGCUGCAGCUGCAGCUGGCGCUGGCCAUGAGCAGAGAGGUGGCCGAGCAGGACGUGCGGCCUGCCAUCGAUGGGAGGGGCAGAGCCCUCACGGGGAGAGUGGGUCAGGUGGACGGGCCAGCCGGUUGUAGUUCCGUGCUCCUGUCUUACGGUAAAGAAGACGCAGAAGAGCGCCUCAGGCGGGGAGAUGACCUCAGGUUGCAGAUGGCCUUGGAAGAAAGCCGCAGAGACACAGUUAAAGUUCCCAAAAAAAAAGAGCAUGGCUCCCACCCGCAGCAGACCACGCUGUUGGACCUGAUGGACGCCCUGCCCAGCGCGGGCCCUGCCGCCCCGAAGGCGGAGCCCUGGGGCCCUUCUGCUUCAGCCAGCCAGCCCAACCCCUGGGGUGCUCCGGCAGCCCCCGGCAGCACUUCGGACCCCUGGCCGUCAUUCGGUGCCAAGCCAGCCACCUCCGUCGACCCGUGGGGGGUGCCCACCGGAGCCGGCACACGGUCCGCCUCCAAGGGCUCCGACCCCUGGGCCGCCCCGCAGCAGCCAGCCCCCAGUGCCGGGAAAGCCGCUGACCCCUGGGCCGCAGCAUCGGCCGCCAAGCCCGCGUCCCCCUCUGGGGCUUUUGAUCUCUUCAGUAAUUUGAAUGGUACAAUUAAAGAUGACUUUUCUGAAUUUGACAACCUCCGAACUUCAAAAAAAGCAGCCAAGGCGGUGUCUCCGCCGGCCCAGAACAAUGGAACUACCAGCCCCGACCCCUUUGAGUCCCAGCCCCCGACCGUGGCCUCAAGCAAGCCCAGCGGCACCCGGAAGACCCCCGAGUCCUUCCUGGGCCCCAACGCGGCCCUGGUGAACCUGGACUCGCUGGUGACCAGGCCAGCCCCGCCGGCACAGUCCCUCAACCCCUUCCUGGCUCCAGGUGCCGCCGCGGCCUCAGCCCCGGUCAACCCCUUCCAGGUGAACCAGCCGCAGCCGCUGACGCUGAACCAGCUGCGGGGGAGCCCGGUGCUGGGGAGCAGCGCGUCCUUCGGGCCCGGCCCGGCUGUGGAGCCCGUGGCUGCGGCCCCCGUGGCGUCGGCAGCCUCCCACCCGGCCCUGGGGGCUGGUGGCUCCUCCCUGCCGCCGCUGGGCCCCGCCGCGGCGAACAUGGUGGGCGGCCUGGGCGGCCCCCCGUCGGCGGCUCAGGCCACCGGCACGACCAACCCGUUCCUCCUCUAGUGCCGCCCGGGACCCGCCGCAGAGCCUCCGUGCCGAGGACGCCGGGCAGGGGCUCUCGCCUGGGGGGUGGGGUCUGAGAGCGGGGUGGGUGUGCGGAGGGUGUCUUUGCGGCCCUGGCCCUCAGCCCGAGGGCGGAGAGGUGGCGGGCUCACUGAGGCGUCAUCACGCGGCACGUGGGUCCCCGAGGCUGUGUCGGGCAGGAGGGCCCCUGUCCCAGCCUGGCCACGCCCGCGCGCCCGCCCCCCUCGCCACCUCCUCCGUGGAGAUCCGCCGGCCCUCGGGGGCCUUGGAUGAGGAGGCGGCAGUGCUCAGCGCUGGCCCAGCCUCAGCCCCGGGCCUCUGGGAGCCCCCCUGCCCAGGACCUGGCCCCCACCCCCAGCCCUGGCGACCCCCCAGGCCGGGACGGGAUGGAGUGCGGGCUCCCUCAGACACUGACCUUUGGGGGACGCGGUCGUGCAUAUUUUACUUUUCUUUGACUCGUGUGUGAGUUCAAAGUAAACGCCACCACCGUGGAACAACUCUUGAACUAAAUCCACUAGAGCAAGCUUUAAACUAACCUGAGCAUAGCCCUGCCACGUGCUCCAUGCUUGUACACGUUUGCACAGAUUUUGUUUAGUACAGUUUCAUAUUUGUUUGCAGAAUUAUCGAAUAGUCUUUUUUGGCUAAUAUUUUUAUAACGUCGUUCUUAUUUAACUGUCUAGUUUUGAUAGAAUUUACCAGGUCUGGCUGAAUUAAGAUAUUGGCAGUGUCAUGUUAGUGAUGUAAAUCCUCUUAUUUAUGGUUUUAACUCUGUAAGAAAAUUUAAAUAGGAAGAGACAAAAAAAUGCCUUAUGGAAAAAACUAAAGCAAAUUCUUUAUAGGAAAACAUAUGAGAAUUUGAUUAUGCAUAAAAGAUGAUGUUUAUUUAAAAGGAAAAAAAAAACUACAACAGUAACAAAAAAAUCGUAGCCUCCAGUUGCCUUUCCCUUUAACUCCUUUUUUUGGUGGAUUACCAAACUGAGUGACUUUCCGCCUUUUUGGCUAGAUCCUAAGAGAGAGGCUAUUUUUCUUACUGAUGAACCAACGUGAAGAAAGUUAAAGACAAACAAAUCUAACAUAUGAAUGUGACUCACCGGGUUUUAUCAGCUAACUCCUUUUUGUGACUGAAGGCAUAUGCACGGUUAACAAGACUUCGUUUACAGUGGGAACGUGGUUAGGAGGAGGCUUCUGGAUCCCUGUGUCUGUGACCCCCUCUCUCUCACUCCACACUCAGGGUAGAGGUGGGGACAGCGGCGGGUGGGGGGCGGCCCAGGCUGACAGGGGGAGGGCCCAGGGCUGGCCCCGACCUACGCACCUGCCCGCCAGACACCCGUCGCAACGUAGAAGUAAUCAUCUCUUACUUGGCAGAGGAAGAAAAAUCAUUCUCACCCAGAAGAGGUUUUUUUAGCGAAGGUGCACUAAUCUUACCUCCCUCUCCCCUGCUUUCCUCGCCCCACCCACCACUAUAAAAAAGUAUUAGGUAAGUCACAAAUGAAAGACCAGAAGAGACUUGCUUCUCCGCAGGGAAGGGCCAUUUCCCCCCGAGUCCUGUGUCUGUCUGGUCAGCCGGCCUGUGGCGGGCACCUCAGCCUCAAUCUACGUGGCGGACGUCUCACCUCUAGCGCCAAGGGCAGCUGACAGCUGGGGGGGUCUCUCCUGGGGGGAUGGGGCCCCCCACCCCUCUCUGGUUCCAGGAGCUCUGACCCUUGGCGCUGGGCACAGGAGGCUGACUCAGGACUGCCC